AUGGCUGGUGAAUUAUGUAGUGAUGAAAUUGAACAAAAUCCUAUUCAAAAGUUUAAGGUAGAUACUUAUUUUGUAGCAUUAGAUAUUAUUAAAACACAAAGUAGUCAAAGAUUUACAGAUAAAACUAUUGAAUUAGAAGAUGUCCGUAGGGAGUAUGAACAGUUUAUAAAUUGUGAUUUAAUUAUUAAUGAAACAUUGCCAUUGUGUCUGCAUUCUAAUUUGAAUUAUGACAAUUCAAGUUUGAGCUCUAACGAUUCAAACAGUGACAAUACUACAUCUGAACAAUUAAAAACGUGGCAAAAUUCAUCAAGUUUAAUGUGUGUUUUUCAAGAUUUCUGUAAAGCUGGUCUAAAAUCUAUUUUCCCAAGUUUAUUUAUGCUUAUAAAAAUUGGAGUAACUAUUCCAGUAUCAAGCUGUUCCCCAGAGAGAUCUUUUUCCAAAUUAAAAUUAAUAAAAACUCGUUUAAGAAGCACAAUGGGGGAAGAUAGAUUGGAAGAUCUGAUGCGUAUCAUCUGUGAAGCUGAUAUAGAAAACACAAUGACUAAUGAGCUAUCAAGUUUAUCAUCUAUGGCAACUGAAAAAAAAACAUUCUAA